AACCUGGCAUAAUUCAGAUGUAAUUCCUGUACUGGCCUGUUGGUGGCAAUGUUAUUAAAGCCUGCCUCAAAGCCACUGGCACCAACGAAGAAGACUGUCAGCCCACCAUGGCGGAAACAGAACAUCAGUCAGGAUCUACUCCUGAGGAUGCCACACCUGAAGUAACAGCCAACUUCACCUUUAUGGUGCCUAAGAAAGAGAUCAGCAUGGUGCCUGACAUGGGCAAGUGGAAGCGGUCUCAAGCGUAUGCUGACUACAUGGGCUUCAUUCUGACAUUGAAUGAGGCUCUGAAGGGAAAGAAACUCACAUGUGAAUAUAAAGUAUCUGAGACAGUGGAGAAGUUACUAGAUCUGUUGGGGACUCUGGACCGGUGGAUUAAUGAGACUCCUCCUGUUGACCAGCCCUCACGCUUUGGUAAUAAGGCCUACAGAACGUGGUAUGCCAAACUAGACCAGGAAGCAGAAGCUUUGGUGGCAGCUGUGCUCCCUGCAGACAGACAGGCAGCAGCUCCAGAGAUAGCUGUUUACCUGAAAGAGUCUGUUGGGAACUCAACCAGGAUAGACUAUGGAACAGGUCAUGAAGCUGCUUUUGCUGCGUUCCUUUGCUGUCUGUGUAAGGUCGGAGCUCUUCGGGUGGACGAUCAGCUGGCAAUCGUUUUUAAAGUUUUUAACAGGUAUCUCCACGUGAUGCGAAAGCUUCAGAGGACAUACAGAAUGGAGCCAGCUGGCAGCCAAGGUGUGUGGGGACUGGACGACUUCCAGUUUCUGCCAUUUAUAUGGGGGAGCUCCCAGUUCAUAGAUCAUCCAACAUUGGAACCUCGGCACUUUAUCGAUGAGAGGGUGGUGAAUGAGCAUCACCAGGACUACAUGUUCUUAGAGUGCAUUAAGUUCAUAAACGAGAUGAAGACGGGUCCGUUUGCUGAACACUCCAACCAGCUGUGGAACAUCAGUGCAGUUCCUACUUGGUCCAAAGUCAAUCAGGGCCUGAUUAGAAUGUACAAGGCUGAGUGUCUGGAGAAAUUCCCUGUGAUCCAACACUUCAAGUUUGGUAGUCUGCUGUCCAUCCAGCCUGCGAAGCCUUGACGCACAUGGAGGAAAGCUACGCACAUGACAGACCAAAAUCCCAAAAGUUUGACCCAACAGUUUUCCCUUUCUCUGGAUCCUCACAUGCAAAUCCAAGAGUAGCAAAAUCCAACCAUGUAGUUCAACACGCGCUAAUGCUUUCCCACAUGUUCACACGUGUGUGAGUGGAAGCCUGUCGGUCAUCCACAGCUAAAUGCAGAGCAUGUUGUGGAUGACCUUCAUGAUUUUGGAGCAUUUAUAUAUUUUUGUCUUUUUAUUUAGACAAUGGAUAGAGUUUGGAUAAGACUCUGUUUUGAGAGGUGGCAUAGUUUUUUUGUGCUCACAUAAGACUUGUGUUUACUGAGUGAGUUCAGGUCCUCUGAGCAGUAGGCUCUUUGAGGCUGAUGCAUAAGACUGUUUUCUCCACAUUCAGCAUUGCUUAUGCUCUUCAGUUUUUCUUUUGGUUUUGCUUUUAAAGCUAAACACUUUAAUUUUUGGUGCAAAUAUUACAGUAUUUUAAUCGCCUUCCUCCUCCCAAUAUGUAAGACAACUUUGUAAGAUGACUUCAUAAACAAACGCUCAAAGAGUAAAAGUAGAGAUUUGAUUUUUUUUUUUUAGGUCUUACAUAACAGUUAAUCCAAAAUGGAUUGUACAGAAACACAUUCAGUUUAAUUUCACAUCAAAUCAGUUUAAGUUGAAUUUCUGCAUGAAGUAGUUUUGCUUUUCCUGUACAUUCAGUUUCCAUAGCCCAGGUCCAUGUCUCCUUUGGAGUCCCAGCUCACCCCACUUCAGAGCUACAUUUUAUUUAUUUCUUUUUUUAUUGGUUCAGUUAUGAAAACAUUGUAUUUAAAAGCGAUAAUGAAAUAAAGUCUGUGGUUGUGCUGAGCAGCCUUUUCCUCACAACACUGAACUCAAGCUGAACACUGAAGUUUCUCUACAUGAAAUUUGGUUCCAUUUAGUUUUAAUUAUUUCGUGGGGUCCAACCCUGCAUGUUUUGGAGAUCACAAUGCUUCUAAGAAAAGUUGAGCUUUGUUUUUGUUCCUACACCAACCUGCCAAACCUAAUUUAAUAAACUUAUCAACUUUCCCAUCUUUGAA